CACAGUGCGCAAAAGACUAGGGAAGACGAGUAAAAAGGGAGACAGAGGGGAAAACAACACGCUAAAGAAAGGAAUGUGUAUCUAUCAACAAAACUAAUUCUACCAAAAUUGGUUAAUCGCUGAACACUUACUCACCUAACCAACAAACUAUACACAGCCUUUUGGCUCGUGAAAUUGCAGAACAGUUUGCCAAACGCGGUUUGGCGAGCUAGCUAACGUUAGCAACAAGUAUUCUUUCUUCUUACGCGUUAGCAACGCAGCUAGCUAGCUAGCUACCAAGAAGAUACGCGUGUGACCCAGACAAGAGCCGAGAAAACACGUAUUUCGAACACACCAUGAAUCCUGAAUAUGACUACCUGUUCAAGCUGCUUCUGAUUGGCGAUUCAGGGGUGGGCAAGUCUUGCCUCCUGCUUCGAUUUGCGGAUGACACCUACACGGAAAGUUACAUAAGCACCAUCGGCGUGGACUUCAAAAUCCGAACUAUUGAAUUGGACGGCAAGACUAUCAAACUACAGAUUUGGGACACUGCUGGUCAGGAGCGGUUUCGCACCAUCACCUCCAGCUAUUACAGAGGAGCCCAUGGUAUCAUCAUUGUUUAUGAUGUAACAGAUCAGGAGUCUUACAACAAUAUAAAGCAGUGGCUGCAGGAAAUCGACCGCUAUGCCAGCGAAAAUGUCAACAAGCUGCUGGUGGGUAACAAGUGUGACCUCACCACCAAGAAAGUUGUAGACUACACAACAGCCAAGGAAUUUGCUGACUCCCUAUCCAUCCCCUUCCUCGAGACCAGUGCUAAGAACGCAACCAACGUGGAGCAAUCCUUCAUGACCAUGGCGGCCGAGAUUAAGAAGCGCAUGGGGCCCGGGGCCACGGCAGGAGGUGACAAGCCCAACCUGAAGAUUGACAGCACCCCAGUAAGGCAGUCUGGGGGAGGAUGCUGUUAGGACUGCCCUGCCCUCUCCUCUCACCUCCAGAGGCCCAGGGGUAGAGUGACAGUAUUAGGGUGGAGCUGACAGAACAGGAAACUAUGGUGAUGGAGGUGGUGGGAUCUUCAAGAACUGACUGACAUUUUUUUUUUCAUCUUGACCUAUGCCCAUAAUUUAGUGAGUGAGAAGGGUUUGUGCCCAAGGAGUAGUUUUUCCCCCCAAACACUCUCUUUUUAUUCACCAAUAUGCACAGAAUUGGAAACAUCUUCAUUGAAAAAUGUGGUUGGCAUUGCAAGGCAUAAAAAAUGUUUUUAGCUAAUCUAGCACUUUCCGUCUCUCACACAGACAUGUAUCUAUUUGUAGCACAGGCUGUUUAAACACAUACACACACAUACAUACAUAAGUGGUUGAAAGAAAUCAUGGAUGUUAUUUCAACUAUGGAUGACUAUAUAACUAUCCUUUAUGACUGCUGAUCAUUGAUGGUGUGAAUGUGAAAUAAGAGGAUCAUUGUGACAGUUAAACCAGAGGCUUUAUGGACACACCCCAGAGGAAAAAUAGUGAAGACAAGCUCCAUUUGUAUCAUCUGUCUUUCGGAAUUUAGAUUCAGAUUUGUAAGUUGUCAUUGGGCCCAUACACAUAAAGACUAGAUAUAGGUAGUAAUAGGGUUGCUGUUGGGAAGAAAGAGAAGGGUGAAGUAAAUAACAGGCUUUCCAUCAAAACAAUGUUCAGAAAGUGGGGACAACAUGGCGAAUGGAAAUCUACAAUCAUGGUGUCCACAUCUUUAAUGUCUGUUUUAAUCAUUGUUAUAUAAUACAUCAUAAUAUAUAAUAUUAUUACAUGGUGGUUUUAUUACUGUGAUUUUGGUUUGUUUUCAUUCUCUGUUUUCUAAUCUAGGAAGUGUGUAAUCAAUAAGUAUGUUAUUGCUGUUUGAUGAAUGAGAGCAAAACCGAAGGCGAACGGCAUAUGGUUCUUUCUGUCUGGCGUGGUAGCUGGCUAUAAACAUGGGGGUUUUCAGGCAUGUCCAAUCCUUUAGCGUUUAGUUUGACCUCAUCUCAAGUCACAAUGCUUCUGUUCCAGUACCAUCAGACCUUUACAUGCUCACUAUAAUACUGAAUGGACAACCUCUGGUUGAUGAUAAGGUUACAGGUAACAUGUAUUAUUUCAGUACUGGUUCAACCAUGCCAUUAGUCACCAUGAUCCAGCAUUACAUGAAGGUUUAGAUUUUUUUUUAGAAAAUAUUUUUGGGAGAGUAUGUCACAUACAUAGCCUACCACAGUUCGCUUUUGAGUGUAUUGUUUCCAUGUUUAACCGCUUGCUCAAACUUUAGUUGCAGAUAUGUCUAUUCUAAUGACAUGAUCGGGGGAAAGAGAGAAAGGACCCCAGAGAAAAAUCACCAGCAUCUCAAAUUAGUAUGGGAUUUCAAACAAGAGGAACACUUUUGCUUUCCUGGGUAAAUACUGUAGAGCUGAUGACUGUCUGAGAAUUCCACUCCUUUAAGCAUCACCAUUGAUAUCCUUGCCUUUUUGAUAAUGAAGUAUCUUACGGUUGGAUGGUAAACACCAGGAAAAGGUUGCUGGGUUUUUAAUUUAGUGAAAUUUGUCCCAUUUGAAUAGUUAGCAGACCGAUGAGGCUUCCUUAAUAUAUUCUAUCAGGUUUACAUUUCCCCUUUAAAUGACAAAUAGUUAAUUUCUAUUCCCUAAUUCAAUCUUUUGGUCAGGGGAGGGAUAUAAUGGAAAGAUUGUGAGGAUGAUGGUUAUUUCUUCUUUACUGUGGACAAUGUAACAUGCUCUUAAUGCCCAGAAGAUAUUGGGAGUCCAUAGUAAUAAAGUAUAUUGUUAUAGUUGCCAUUA